GAUCAACUUGGUGAGUCUCGAUUAAUUUCGGAUCAAGUACACCGCGUUUGAGAAAUAAUUCGAUUAAAUUUUCAAUCAAAUUAUCGGGUUAAUCGAUUAUUGAAUCUCAAUUGGGUUUCGGGUUGAACCGACGUUGGGCGUUAUUUCUGGUGGCUUCCGGUUGUUAAUAAAAUGCUGCAUUUUCGGAGCGGUCAUAUUUCUGGUGGCUUCCGGUUGUUAACAUCACUUGCUCUAAAAACAAUUCGCCGCUACAUUCACCCGCCGCCGCCGGACCUCAUCGCCACCAACAAUGUCAUCAAUGAGCACGCGAAGCGCGGCAACCUACAUCUUGCCCACCACAUGUUCGCUCAAAUGCCUCACAAAAACAUAUUUUCUUGGACCAUACUCAUCUCUGGCUACGCCCAGCGCGGAAAAUUGGAGCAGUGCUUCCUUCUCUUCUCUCAAAUGCUGCCCCAUCACAGACCCAACGAGUUCGCCUAUGCGAGCUUGCUCUCCCUUUGUGAUCACCGCCACGGCUUGCAAGUUCAUGGGCUGGCCUCAAAAACCGGCUUUGAUGCUUGGAUUUAUGUAGCUAAUGCUCUGAUUGCAUUUUACUGGAAGAAUAGCUGCAGCGCCGGUGUAGAGGCAUGGAGGGUGUUUCAAGAAAUGAACUUUAGAAAUCUUGUUACGUAUAAUUCCAUGAUUAAAGGACUUGGGAUGCAAGAGCAAGGCCAUAAAGCUAUGAUUUUGUUUGUGAAAAUGCUUUCGGAUGAACUUGAUUUCGAUCAUGCUACCCUCUUGAGUUUGAUAUCUUCUUUGUGUGCAGUUAAUGUAGGCAGUGAAAAAGCUAUGGUGCUACUGAAUUGUUUGCUGUUGUUGCAUUGUGUAAGUGUUAAAACAGGUUUGAACUUGGAUGUUGGAGUGGCAACCUCACUGAUCAAAGGAUAUUCGGCUCUUUCUGGCGAUGUUGGUGCCUGUCGUAAGGUGUUCUUGGAGACGGGGGUUAUGGAUCGCGACAUUGUUCUGUGGACUGGUGUUAUGACUGCAUCUGUUGAAAGGGAUCCUGCUCGGGUACUAGUCUUUUUCAACCAGAUGCGUCGGGAGGGGGAUUUCUAUCCAGAUUGUUAUGUAUUCACCGUGUUGUUAAAAGCUUGCGCAAAUCUGGUGACAGAGAGGGCUGCCGCUGCAGUGCAUAGCCAAGUAGUCAGAGCAGGUUUCGUAAAUGUUGUUGAGCUCGAUAAUGCUUUGAUUCAUGCUUAUUCUAGGUGUGGUUCCAUUGAUAAUGCUGAGCAAGUUUUCUACGAGAUGUCAUCAAGGGAUGUUGUUUCUUGGAAUUCAAUUUUGAAGGCUUAUGCAGUUCAUGGCAAGGCUGAGACAGCUUUGGAUUUCUUCAGACAGAUGAAUGUUGCACCGGAUGAAGCCACUUUCGUCGCGCUUCUCUCAUCUUGCAGUCACGCCGGAAUGGUGAAGGAAGGGACUAAUGUAUUUGAUACCAUGCGUGAGAAAUAUGGUAUAGUUCCUCAACUUGAUCAUUAUGCUUGUAUGGUUGAUAUUCUAGGGCGAUCUGGCCGUUUAUCCGAGGCUGAAAACAUCAUAAGAAACAUGCCUAUGCAACCGGAUAGUGUUAUCUGGAGUGCUUUUCUAGGAGCAUGUAGGAAACAUGGAGAAACAAAGGCAGCCCAGUUAGCAUCACGAAAUUUGCAAGAAUUGGAUCCGGACAACUCAUUAGGAUAUGUUAUGAUCUCAAAUAUUUAUUGCUCAGCUAAUAGCUUUGGUGAAGGAGACUUAAUAAGAAAGAAAAUGGAUAAAGCCGGUGUUAGAAAGGAGCCCGGUCUGAGCUGGACAGAAGUCGGGCACACACUGCACGAGUUUGCUUCUGGGGGGAAGCGACACCCACAGAUAAAAGCAAUACGCGCCUAUUUGGAUGAACUACUGAGGCAGUUGAAGGAAAUAGGCUAUGUUCCAGAGACCAGUGCAGUCUUGUUUGAUGUAGAAGAAGAGCAUAAGGAGGAGCAACUGUAUCUUCACAGCGAAAAGCUCGCUCUGGUUUUCUCUCUGAUGAAUGGUGGUGAUUCUAGCUGUAAUGUUAUUAAGAUAAUAAAGAACAUACGCAUUUGUUUGGACUGCCAUAACUUCUUGAGAUUAACAUCAAAACUUCUUGGAAAGGCAAUUGUUGUCAGAGAUGCUAACCGGUUUCAUCAUUUUAGAGACGGAGCUUGCUCUUGCAAUGACUAUUGGUGACCGUAAUGUUUCACUUAUUGACUUGAUAAACCAUCUCAGAAAGUUUCUUGGUUGAAAGAUUAUUGUUGUGAGGACAAUGCUAUGCUGCAGAGAUUUGGGAUUGAAAAUGGAGCAAGAAGAAGGUGCAUUACAGACAUUUUAUUUGAAAGAAAAAAACAUCAGAGAAGACCACUAAGUGGAAUUUACGGCAUUUGAACACGCAGUCGGUCAUCCUCCUCUCAUCUGCAGCAACAAAUGGCAGUUCAUACGUUGCAAGAAUCUGAAACUAAGAGAUAUGGGAGAGGAGAAGGCGCAUACCACUAGUGAACUUGGCGCAUUGGU